ACCAGAGUUCGUACCCACCCGCUACCCAACCACAGCGAAGGUAUAGUCAGUAGGCUUUUCAUCUCCCGCCGAUCCCGUCGUCGUCGGUGAUUCCAACCCCGAUGGGUGCAGCAGUGCUCCGAUCCCAGGAUUGCCUCCAAGGGCGACUACAUCUCGACGCCUUCGGAUCUCGUUCUCCGCAGCUGCCGUCGACGAAGCCCCAUCGGAAGAAGCCCCCUGUCUCGUCCGCCACCACUCCGAUGAAGCCUGGCCGAGGCUGCCCUCCGCGAUCGACCCCGUCGCCGCCUCCAAAGGCCAAACCGCCGCGGCCCGUAAGGCAAUGGCCAUCGCCCGAGAACGAGGGCGCCACCGACGGCAUGACGCGCCCAAGGAGGGUUCUCGUCAUGGAGGAGGUGAAGAUCCUGAAGCGCGGCGAGCAGUUGAAGCCGGUGGCGUCCCCGCCCGCGGAUGCCCUACCGGACUGGGCCGACUCGGUUUUUUGCCCGACGAGUCGGCUCGGGCCGGGCCCGGACGACCUGCCGAGGAAGUUAGGGUUCUUCGAUCUCAAACCCGUGUACGCUGGGCCGGGGUUCGUCGUCUCCCCCUCGCCGAGCUCACUCCCCUUGCCGAGUUUCUGUUUAAAGAAGUCUGGUGUGGCCGGGAAGUAAGGAAAUGGAACUGCGACGGUCAGCUGAUGUGCUCGUGAUAGCCACAAUCUGCCGCCACGAAGCAGUUUACAUCUGAUGAAUGCGUUGAUUUCACGCCGAUGCUGAAGUGAAGAUUGAGAUACGCCUGAGGCGAAAAGUUGAUUUGGUAAUGCGAAAAAUGAUGGAUUAAUGGGGAAAAAUAGCUGCCAUGAUUCAAAUAUCAUGGAAUUGUCUUCUCAUGCCUGUUCCGGAUUCAAAGAUCUUCCUCUAUAUUUUCUGGAGGACGAUGAGAGAUCAGAGGAAAAGGGCAACUCUGCUUCUGCUGGUCCGCCUUCAUCCGCCACUUCGAUAGGUGGCAUGACUCUCUUCCAGAACCAGUGCUUCCUCCACAGCAGUAUCAUCUCCUCGAUAGGCACCCCUUUGGUCUCCGGGAGGAAGACGUAGACGAAGACGGUCAUUAUGGUGAUCCAACCGGCGAAGAAGAGGAAGAUGCCGAACUUGAAGGAGCAGAGGAGGCUGAGGAAGGACUGGGCGAUGGCGAAGGUGAAGAGGAGGUUCACCGACACCGUGAUGCUCUGCCCGGCCGACCUCGUCUCCAGCGGGAAUAUCUCGCUCGGGACCGUCCACCCCAGCGGCCCCCACGACCACCCGAAGGCGGCAACGAAGAGGCAGAACACCACGACGACGACGAUGGAGAAGUCUUUCGACAGCUGCUUGUCGCCGCCGAACUUGACGCCUAGUAUGACGGCCACUGCAACCUGACACACGAUCAUCUGUAAUCCGCCGCCGAUCAGCAGCGGUCUUCUCCCCCACCUGUCGACGGUGGCGAUGGAAACAAGCGUGGAAGAGGCGAGCACGGCGCCGGUCAUGACGGAGGAGUAGAGCGCCGCGUUCCCACCGAAGCCCAUGCUCUGGAACAGCACCGGCGCGUAGAAGAGGAUGGAGUUGAUGCCCGUCAGGAUCUGGAACGUGGGCAUGAGGAUGGCCAUGAUGAGCUGAGGCCGGUUCCGGCGCUCCAGUAUGUUCCGGAAGGGGUGCUCGAUGGAGUUGGCGAGCUCGCUGGCUUCGACCAUGUCUUGGAGCUCGGCGUCCACGUCGUUGGUGCCGCGGAUCUUCUCCAGGACGCGGCGGCCUUCCUCGGCCCGCCCUUGUUCGACGAGGCUGUUGGGGGUCUCCGGCAGGAGGGCGCCUCCGAUGGUCAUCAGGAUCGCGGGGGCCGCUGCCAGGCCGAGGGAAAGACGCCACCCCCACGGCUUGAUCUUCUCGGUGCCGUAGUUGAUCAUAUUGGCGGAGAAAAUUCCCAGGGUCGUCGCGAGCUGGAACAUCAUGUUCAAGCCGCCGCGGAGGUGCGCCGGCGCCAUCUCGGAGAGGUAGAGAGGAACUGCCUGCAUCACCAUAUCGGUGUUCAUCAUCAGUUCACGAAGAAGGUGGUGGUGAAGUGGAGGCAGAGAGUACCUGAUUCCCGAACCCGAUACCGAUGCCGAGCAUGAUACGGCCGAGGAUCAGCAUCGGCAGGUUGACGGCGGCGGAGUUGAGGGUGGCUCCGACGAGAAAACUGAUGCCGCCACAGACGAUGCUGGCGCGGCGGCCGUGCUUCCUGGUGACGGGGGAGGCCGCAAGGGAGGCGACGAGGCCGGCGAGGUAGAGAGAGGAGGUGAAGGCGGCGAGGCCCUGGUUGUCGUACUCGCAGUAGUUGUUGUGGGACUGCGAGUUCUUCUUGCGGUAGACGACAGGGAAGAACUUCUUCAGGAACGGGUCCAUGCUUGUGACACCUCCUGCAGUACGCAGUGUUUAAACAACAGAGCAAACGCUUGAGCUACAACAACAAAGCGAGGUGUCCGUUAAGCUUGCGCGACGUGCCACACAUCAUUCAGGUUUGGCAUUGAUGGAGAAAAUGAUGAAGCAAGCAUUAGACUGAUCCUAUCGUAAACUGCUACCUAGGCGAUGAUGUACGCAGGAGAGCAUGAUCUUCCGGUCUUUGUUCGUCUCGAUCCCUGGGAGACGAGGCUCAUUCUCCGACAACGAGCCAAUCGCAGGAGACGAGCCAAUCGGAGACGAGGCUCACUCUCCGACAGGAGAGUCGGGACCCCCUUUGUUCGUCUCGAUCCCUGGGAGACGAGCCAAUCGCAGGGAGUUUCACUCUCCCACAACGAGGCUCAUUCCCCUGAUUUGGAUUCACUUAGAUUUCCCUUCUCGUCUGGGUUACCAGUCGUAAGUAAUCUCUCACCCUCAUCAAUCAUGAUUUUGGGAGGGUUGCAGAAAAUAUUAAUCCAAAGCGAUAUGGCUCAAUUCUUUUUUUUCUGA